UACCUGAAUCAACUGUUAAGCCUAGGGAAGUAAAGGAAUUAAAGUCAGGAACUCCGACCAUUGAUGAAAGUCAGACUUCGGAGGAUAUGUUUUCUAUUGAAAACGACAUUCUGUCUGAAGAUCCAGAUAAAAACCCAGAAACCGACUCAUAUUAUUACAUGGAGAUUAUAAUGGAAUCCAUGUUAGUGUUAGGUGAAAUACCCGCAGCUUUAGAGACAAUCCAGGAAAGACUGCCUGUCGAAAUUCAUGCAUUAGUAGAUAAAACAAUUUCUGAAGUGGAGCAGCGUCAUUUGGUCACUAAAUGGACAUCGCAAACUCGUAAAAAGGAUAAAAAUGGAGACGACAAUGCUAUUUACUGUCUUGAUAAAGCUAAUUCAGACACAAAAAAUGAGGUUUUGAAGGAUUUGCUUUGGACGUUAUAUUCAAAGUUGGAGGCAGUACUUCGGGGUCAUCGGUUUAUAGAAUCGUGUACAAGACGUAUAAAGAAGAGAUUGCUUUCAUCAAGAUUAACAAGUGGGGAGGAAUUGGGAUCAGGAUCAAAUAUCAAUGUAUAUCAUUUUCAUGAAAUUUGGCGACCUAUUCAAACAGAAGUUAGAUCUAUUUUGCAGGAUUACUUGACAAGUCAAGAUCAAUCUAUUGUUUCGGUCAAUGAACCUGGAUCCACAAACACAUUCCGUGGAAAGCGUGAUAAACCUAAACAACUAUUUACAUUUGCUGAAGCUACAGAGAAUACAGAUCUGGAAGAGUCUUAUGAUGAUUUAAAGAGAAAGUUAUUUUUAUCCUAUAAGAAGCAAGUGCCUGGAUUUAAUUAUUCGGAUUCCUCAAAACGACAUUCAACAAUUGUAGAUAGAUUUGCCAAUGAUAUGUCUUCGAAAGGUCACAAAGUGCUUGUCAAACCAGAUGCUUACAAUGUUAGUGUACUGUUGAAACCCACCAUGUGUUUCUUGCAUCGUUUGAGAGAAGUAUUUCCUAGCUAUGAUGAUCAUAUUGAAGAGGGCUUCAGUAGUUUCUUGGAUGAUUUUGCCAUAAAUGUCUUCUUACCUCAAAUCGAAGAAAAAGUGAUGCAGCUUAUUCAACAUGCUACAGUUGGUUUGGAUGCAUUCCAGGAUGCUCGUGAUUACAAAAAUUAUUCUAGAUACCCUAUUGCAAAGAGUGCCGUUGCAUUGAUUUCAGUGAUCCAAAGUUUAUGUCGUACGAUGCACAGUAUGCCAUUCCAUACAGAUGAAUAUGUUCGAUUAAUUGAGAUUGUCCUUUUAAAAUUUUACGAAAAGUCAUACCAAAGAUUUUACUCUACUGUUGCCCGAGGAACAUCUUACUCUGAAGAACAGAAGAAUGUUACGGAUAUAGCAAUUAGUACGAGUGGUUAUUGGGCACAGGACGAAAGUCUUGUUGGCCUACUUGCUCAAAAUCCGUUCUUUAACGAUGACUCUAAAUCUGACCAAGAAUUCAUCAAAGCUCUCAAUCAAGCCGAAAUAACUAUGGAGCUGAAAUUAAAGAACGAUAAGGUGUUACAUCCUAAUGAACUGAUAUUUGAUCCCAAGAAGCUAAUUGCGUUGGGAAGAUUAUAUCACACAUUAAAAUGGUUUGUGCGCGAAAUUUGGGAUUUACGUUCAGCUAACGUCCCCUUAUCAAUGGUCACUUCUACACCUACACAAAAAAUUCUUGGCCCAGAAACCGAAGAGGACGAGGAUUCUCCCGAAGUAAAGAGCUCAAAGCGUUGGUCUAAUCAAGACCCUCGCCCUAUUAAAGAGGUCACUGAUGAUGUGGGUCCUGUCUUAUUACCUCUUCGCGGUGAAAUUGUAAAACGUUUCGAUGCAUUACUAACAACAUACCAGCAAUUGGCUGAAACGUGUCUCUUUACAUUGCGUCUUGAAGGUCGUUGUCAUACAAUGUAUUAUCUUGAAAUGGCUAUCAGGGACGGAAAUUAUCAUCUUGAAGAUGAAACUUUUGAGCCCGACCCAUAUGUUAUCACACUCAACUCAGAUCUUAUGGAAUUGGAUGAUUGCAUCAAUGCUUCUUUGCCCUCUCAAGAUGAGCUAUUUGCAUUUGACGGGUUACCGGGAUUAAUUGUGCAUAUAUUGAUCUCUGAAGCAACAUACAUCAAAAGAUUAAAUGCCAAUGGUGUCCAAAAGAUGGUGCGCAAUAUCCUUGCAUUGCAACAAAACCUUAGUAACUUUGUCCCGCUAUCACAAUGCUCAAUAAUGGAACGUGCACGUGAAUACUAUCAGUUGUUUAACCUGGGUAGCGAGGGAAUCAUCAAAUCCAUUCAAGAUAACGGACCUAAAUUUACAUUUGAUGAAUACCGUAUCAUUCUUGGAUUCAUUCACGAUAUAAAUCACGAACAAGAAGAUGAGCCUAAAAGUGCUAUCGAUCCCCAAGAAGAUGCACGAAAAGCCAACAGUGCCAAGUAUAGCGAAUGGUUGAUGGAACUGGUUGAAAUCAUGGCUGAUUAUGAAAAUUAAAUCAAUAAAAGCGGCGAUUUAACCGUUAUACUUAUAUAAAUCAAAAGCAAAAAAAGUUCCAUCUUUCC